AUGAUAUUUGUGAAGAACGAGCUGAAGAUGUUCAAGAGUAUUCUUAGUCCAGAACUCCCAGAAUGCUUUGAUUGUCAGAAGCAGGAUAAUGAAGUGGUGGACACUGAAGAUGAGAAGCAGGAGAGCAAUUCAGAUGAGCUUGCUGUGAUUUGCCAACGUGAACUCAAAUCCAAUCUAAAGAAGAAGUUUCAAUGUAAGAAUGAAAAGUAUAUUGGGAAAGAAGAGACAGGUCCACACUGGAAUAAAGAGAGCAUUCUGUCACUGGGGAAACUGGCUUUUCAACAGCUUGUGAAGGGCAAUCUGAUUUUCUAUGAAGAAGACCUGAAAGAGGCUGGCAUUGAUGUUAAUGAAGCCUCAGUGUACUCAGGAUUGUGCACACAGCUCUUUAAAGAGGAAUGUGGGCUGUACCAGGACAAGGUGUACUGCUUCGUACAUCUGAGCAUUCAGGAGUUUCUGGCUGCUGUAUAUGUGUUCCUCUCAUUCAUCAACAACAAUGAGAAUCUAAUGGACAAACCUCAAUCAAUGUCCAGGAACCUUUCUGCGCUGUUCAGAGAGAAGCCUAAAGUUACUUUCUACAAGAGUGCUGUGGAUAAAGCCUUGCAAAGUGAGACAGGAAACCUGGACCUUUUCCUCCGCUUCCUUCUGGGCCUCUCACUGGAGUCCAAUCAGAAGCACUUACGAGGUCUACUGACAAAGACAAGAAGCAGCUCACAGAGCCAUGAAGAAACGGUCAAGUACAUCAAGGAGAAGAUCAGGGAGAAUCUCUCUCCACAGAGGAGCAUCAAUCUGUUCCACUGUCUGAAUGAACUGAAUGACCAUUAUCUAGUGGAGGAGAUCCAAAGCUACCUGAGAUUUGGAAUUGUCUGUAGAGCCAACCUGUCACCUGCACAGUGGUCAGCUCUGGUCUUUGUUUUGCUGACUUCAGAAAAGGAGCUGGAUGUGUUUGACCUGAAGAAAUACUCCAGAUCAGAGGAAGGUCUUCUGAGGAUGCUGCCAGUGGUCAAAGCCUCCAGAACUGUUCUGCUGUCAGGCUGUCUAGUCACAGAGGAAGGCUGUGCUUCUCUGGUCUCAGCUCUGGAGUCAAACCCCUCACACCUGAGAGAGCUGGAUCUGAGUAACAAUGACCUGAAGGAUUCAGGAGUGGAGCUGCUUUCUGCUGGACUGGGGAAUCCCCACUGUAAACUGGAGACUCUGAGGCUGUCAGGCUGUCUAGUCACAGAGGAAGGCUGUGCUUCUCUGGUCUCAGCUCUGGAGUCAAACCCCUCACACCUGAGAGAGCUGGACCUGAGCUACAAUCACCCAGGAGACUCAGGAGUCAGACUGCUCUCUGCUAGACUGGAGGAUCCACACUGCAGACUGGAGAAACUCAAUGUGGAACAUGGUGGAGAGAACAGAAUGAAACCUGGGCUUAGAAAAUAUGUCUGUGAUCUCACACUGGACCCAAACACAGUAAACAGACUCCUCUCUCUUUCUGAGGAGAACAGAAAGGUGACAUGUAGGAGAGAGGAGCAGCCGUAUCCUGAUCACCCAGAGAGAUUUGAGGACUAUAGACAGGUGCUGUGUAGAGAGGGUCUGACUGGGCGGUGUUACUGGGAGGUAGAGUGGAGUGGGAGAGGGGCUGAUGUAGGAAUGACAUAUAAAGGAAUCAGCAGGAGAGGAGGGCUUGAGGACUGUGGUCUUGGAGCCAAUGACAAGUCCUGGAGUCUGUUCUGCUCUGACAACAGCUACACAGCCUGGCAUAAUAAUAAUCCCACUACCAUAGACGUCCCCUCCUCCAGCCCCCACAGAGUAGGAGUGUAUCUGGACUGGCUAGCCGGCACUCUGUCCUUCUAUAGAGCCUCCUCUGACACACUGACCCACCUGAUCACAUUCACCUCCACAUUCACUGAGCCCCUCUAUCCAGGGUUUAGGGUUCAAUAUGAAUCCUCAGUGUCCCUGGAAUAAUAACCGGAGACACACACACACUGACACACACAAAUAUUACAGGAAUAUUCUGCAAAUGUUGAUGAAGACGUCACUCAAUCUCCCCAAAACAACAUGCAGUCUUUCCACAAGACUCCCAUGAAGUUAUAGUGUGACGUUAUGAGUUGACGUUAAAGUAACAUUCUCAGAACAUACUGCACUUGUUUUAUACUGUUUUAGAUGGAUCCUCUGUUUAUCAUCUUGUUUUAUACUGUUUUAGAUGGAUCCUCUGUUUAUCAUCUUGUUUUAUACUGUUUUAGAUGGAUCCUCUGUUUAUCAUCUUG